AUGGCAGGUGUCCAACCUGACCUCCUCGGCAACAGCAACAAGGGUGGCCGUGGCGACAAGGGAGGAGACGACAACCAGCAGAGCAAUCAGAUCGCUAAGUCUCUGAUCCCAAUGGCGCAGAGGAAUUGGGAAGCGGACUAUGGACAUGAUGUCUCUGCUCUUCUCCAUGUCCACGGGGACAGUGCGUCCAUCGUGGAGCAUGACCUGGCAAGUCGCGACCUGACUCUGCUCGGCCAACUAGACAAGCACUAUAAGCACAGAUGCUGUCAAGGAUGGGGAUUUUUGUCAACGCCUUUGAAUGCGUCAGCCACAACCUCAAGAUCAGAUUCUCCUAGUGAUGUUCCUAAGAGGGCACCUAAUGAAGAAUCGGCGAAGGGUACAACCCGCAAAGAUGAUGCUGGGAACCUUUGA